AUGGCAGCAAAUGGUACUAUCAGGCCAGCCCUGAUUGUGGUGGAUAUGCAAGAGGAUUUCUGUCCUCCAAAUGGAUCACUCGCCGUAGCGGGAGGCCGCGGUAUUGCCCCGCUAAUCAACACUCUCCUCGCAAAGCCAGGAUUUAUCGCCCGCAUCAUGACCAAAGACUACCACCCAAAGGACCAUAUCUCCUUUGCCAGGAACCAUCCAGGGCCAGACAAUCAGCCCUUCUCUUCAUUCGUCACAAUACAUAACCCCGCUCUAGGAAAGGAAUCAGAAACAAAACCGCAGCAACUCUGGCCUGACCAUUGUGUGGCUGGUACCUCUGGUGCAGAGAUUAUCCCAGAGAUUGACACCUCUAGCGAUCAUAUAGUCGUUCACAAAGGCAUGCGUCCCGAAGUUGAGAUGUAUUCUGUAUUUGCGGAUGCUUUCGGAAACUGUGAUCAUGGAACCAACGCAAAUUCGGUCAGUCUAGAUGUUGCCGCGACUCUCAAGUCUCAAGGCGUUACAGAUGUAUUUGUUGUGGGGUUGGCUGGGGAUUAUUGUGUUAGGGCUACGGCUCUGGAUGCUGUCAAGACUGGGUUUAGAAGUUGGGUUAUUGAGGAGGGAACGAAGUGUGUCGUGCCUGCUGGUUGGGAUGCUAUUAAGAAGGAACUUGCGACUGCUGGGGUGUCUGUUAUCUCUAUGGACGACCCUAUUAUUAGGGAGUUGUGA